GAAGUAAAUAGAACCCCUUCCUUCUCCAGAAAAAGCCAUCUAUCCAACAUGGCACGCACACAAAAAGCCCUAGUCGGCGGCUUAGACAACGACAUCGUUCUCUCCAACGUAGCAAAUCUCCCCCCUCCCUUAGAAGAUGACCGAAUCGGCGUCGCCAUCAAAGCCAUAUCCCUAAAUCCUGUCGACACCAAAAUGGUCGGUGGCUACCUCACCCCAGGCGCUAUUUCUGGUUGCGACUUCGCCGGCGUCGUGACCGGUGUUGGCGGCCCCACAGCUCAGAAACGCGGUCUCAAAAUCGGUGAUCGCGUCGCCGGCGUAGUCAUGGGUAUGAACCCUCUCCGACCAAACAUCGGAGCCUUCGCCGAACAUACAUCCGUGUACUGUAACACCUGCUUGAAGAUCCCCGAUGAUUGGACAUUUGCUCAAGCUGCAUCGGGGGUCGGAGGUGUGGCGUGGUGUACAGUCCCCUGGGCACUGUUCCAUCAUUUGGCUCUACCACCUGGACCCGAAUUAGAGCCGUUGAAUAGCGAGUUUGUCCGCCCCUCCGAAGUUUUGGGACCGAAGAUAAAGAUUACAUCAAGUCAUGAUGGGACCGAGAAAUCUCCAACCACCGUCUUGGUGAAUGGUGGUGCGAGCUUCACCGGAACGUGUGCAGUACAACUCCUCAAAUUGGCGGGUUUUACCGUUGUGGCGACGUGUUCGCCGAAAAGUUUUGAGAUGGUGAAGUCUUAUGGUGCUGAUGCCGUGUUUGAUUAUUCGUCACCGACAUGUGCUGCGGAGAUUAACGCCCAUACACGCAAUGGGCUACGUUUUGUUUUAGACUGUAUCACCACUGCCGAUACGACGAGGCUGUGCUAUGCAGCCAUUGGACGAGCUGGUGGCCGUUAUGUCGCUUUGGACCCGUAUAGUGUUGCAGUGGCUGGAUCUCGUGCAAUUGUACAUGCCGACUGGGUGUUUGGGAUGGAUUUGAUGGGUGAAGAGGUCUUAUGGCCGACGCCUCAUGGGAGGAAGAGAGACGCAGUUGCGCAUAGCUUCGGGGUGCAGUGGAAUAAGACUUUGCAGACACUACUUGAUCGUGACUUGAUCCGGCCACAUCCACAGCUGGUGAGAGAGACAGGUUUGGAAGGUGCGUUGGAAGGUAUUCAGGAGAUUCGUUCCACGAAGGGGUUAUCUCAUAAGCUGGUGUAUACUCUUUGAUUAGAUGAACAGGAGCCGGAAUUAUUUUUAUACCUUGCCAGUAAAAACAAAUAUUGUAUAUUCUAAAGUA